CACAUCGACAUCGGGAACCAUUUUUACCGAGCGUUGAAAUAAAGGACGCGUUGAUUUUCCGUGAAAUAGAUUUCCCGUGAAUUUCCUAAUUUUACUGUUCGACGGCUUAUGUGCAUUGUUAAAAAAUCAGUGUCCAGUGUUUCUUUCGAUUUGUUCAUCGUUUGUGAGUGGUUUUUGGCAGUAAAAAUCGUUGAAAAACUGUUCGUUCUCCGUCAACCUACCGACAUCUCAAAGGUGAGCGAUACACCACAAAAGCGCGUGGAUUUGCAUAGAUAUUCCACAAUAUAAUAUCGUUUUUGAUGGUUAACUUGCCCUGAACUACUCGACUUCUUUUGAAAUUGUUGAAUGAACAUCAUGAUUAUUCGGCCGUUUAAGAUUAAAAAAACGGAACAAUGAGGGGAACGGUUCGUGAGAAAUAACCCCUCAAUCAGGAAACAUUUGAAAGCAAAAACUUUAUCCCAAGACUGGCAGCCGACAGACACACACACACCGUUUUAUAAUAAAAUACUGGGCGGUGUUUUUUAUUUAUGUUUGUUUUUAUUUUGUUUAAUUUAUAAUUUUGUGUGAAAAAGGAACAAUAGUUUUUUUUAUGUGAUAUUCCAAUUGAUGCAAAUUUCUACGACGGUAAAGAGUUGAAAAUUUAUUGAAUUUUUUUGUGGAAAUUGAAUUUAAGUGAACUUGAUAUAUACGACUAAAACGGUUUAACCCCGAGACCAUACAUAACAAUCAGUAAAGAGUGAGCCAAACGAGAAGAUAAACCAAAACGAACAAAGCAAAAAAACCCGAAACCGUAAAAUAGUUUUUGUAAAGAGAAUUGAAACGGUAGUGAGUGCAUAGCAUCAUGGAAAAAUCAUCGAUGAUGAUGCCGAAACGGCCAAGAAUGGAUAUACGAGGACCAAUUGCUAAUGGACCGGUACAACCUCGCCCGCUGGUCGCAUUGUUGGAUGGACGAGACUGUUCGAUAGAAAUGCCAAUACUGAAAGAUGUUGCCACAGUUGCAUUUUGUGAUGCGCAAAGCACAUCAGAAAUUCAUGAAAAGGUACUAAACGAAGCUGUCGGAGCAUUAAUGUGGCACACAAUAAUUUUAACGAAAGAGGACCUGGAAAAAUUCAAAGCACUUCGUAUUAUAGUACGCAUCGGCAGUGGUACAGAUAACAUAGAUAUUAAAGCAGCCGGCGAACUGGGCAUCGCCGUUUGUAAUGUACCCGGUUUUGGUGUAGAAGAAGUAGCCGACACAACGAUGUGUCUCAUCCUAAAUUUAUAUCGUCGAACAUAUUGGCUGGCGAAUAUGGUGAGAGAAGGAAAGAAAUUUACCGGACCAGAACAAGUAAGGGAAGCUGCGCAGGGUUGUGCACGAAUUCGUGGUGAUACACUGGGUUUAGUCGGAUUGGGACGGAUUGGCAGUGCUGUUGCGUUGCGCGCAAAAGGUUUUGGUUUAAAUGUUAUAUUCUAUGAUCCAUAUCUUCCGGAUGGUAUUGACAGAUCUCUCGGCCUUACAAGAGUUUACACACUGCAAGAUCUCUUAUUUCAAUCAGACUGUGUGUCACUACAUUGUUCACUUAACGAACACAAUCAUCAUCUGAUAAAUGAAUUUACAAUUAAACAGAUGAGACCAGGUGCAUUUUUAGUAAACACAGCUAGAGGCGGAUUAGUUGAUGACGAUGCUUUGGCUUCAGCAUUGAAACAAGGACGAAUAAGAGCAGCUGCACUCGAUGUUCAUGAAAACGAGCCAUACAAUGUAUUCCAGGGUUCUUUAAAAGACGCCCCAAAUCUAUUAUGUACACCACAUGCCGCCUUCUACAGCGAAGCCUCAUCAACCGAACUCCGUGAAAUGGCAGCUAGCGAAAUUAGGCGAGCGAUUGUUGGAAAUAUUCCUGACGUUCUAAGAAAUUGUGUCAACAAAGAAUAUUUCAUGCGAACACCAUCUUCAGCUGCCGGCUACACAGAAGCUGGAAUUAAUGGCGGAUAUUAUUCAGGGGCAUUACAACAGGCACACAGUACAACCCCGCAUGAAGCACCUCAUAGUGCUGGUGCACACGCACCGCAAUCAGUUCCACCUCCACAAACUGUGCAACCUCCACCUGUAUCAGUUGUAGCAGCCGCCCCUCCUCCAGGUAUUCCACACGGUUUGGUAAGCAAAUCGCCACUUAGUGCCCCUGAUCCCAGUAAUCAUCAUGCAGUCAAGCCAGAGUCAUCAGAGGUCCACUAGCUUAAACAUCCAUCUUAAAACACGCUUAAAAAAAUACCGUUAUUACUUUAGGCACCAAGCUGAGUGCGGAUUUGAUUAUCCAACAGAAAAUGAGACAAAAAAAAAACUUUUUUUUUCCUUAAUUUUUAGAAUUAAUUUUUUUUUACAUAAUUUGAAUACAAAAAUGAUUUUCUUUGUUUGUUGUGGGGGAUGUCCAAUACGAUUAAUUUUAAUAUUUUUUUUUGUUCGGAGGAUUAGAUAAUUUUUUUUUACAAUUUAAUUAACAAAACAGAAAAUCCGUCUCUCGGCUCUAUAUUAUGUUUUACAUAUUUUUUUAAUAUUUUUUUUUUUACGUGAAAUGAAUUAUUUAUGAUGAUGAUUUUGACGACAAGAGGUAGUGAUGAUUAUGAUGAUAAUGAUGAAAGGCAUGAGACGAUUUGACAUGAGAGUUCACACAAAACUGAGUUUAAAAAAGAAUAAAUUAAAUAAAUGAAAAAGAAUAAAAGAAAUGAAACAAGAGAAACACACAGUUGAAAAGAACACUAAAUAAUUAAACAUUUGUAAAUUAAAAAAAAAAAAAGAAAUGAAGAAGAAGAAAAAAGAGAAGAAAAAAAGAAACAAGAAAAAGCAAAUUUAUAUAUUAAAUUUAAUGAUAAAAAUAAUAAUUAAUUAAUGAAAAAAUGAAAAAAAAAGAAAUUAAAAGGUUUUAAUUCUAGUUGUGGGACAUUCAUGAACUAUAAGUAAAUAUAUAAUUAUAAAUAAAAAGAAAAGAAAAAUAGAUAAAUCAGUGGUCGUAAUAAGAUAAACAAAACAAAAACUAAUACAUUGAAUUAAUUGAAAAUAAGAGGAAAAAAGAAAAAUUAAUUGGAAACGAUUUACACACAAAAAAAAACAAACAAAACAAACACACUCACACACUCAAAAUCCCAUAAGUUUGUACAUUAAACAAUUU